GUUAUUUCAAGAAUAAAAAAACAUUAGGCUGGGGCUCUGAUCCAAUUGAUUAUUCUAUGCCAUUUUCUUCAUUAGAUACCAAAAAAAAAACGAUAGCUUGUCAUUUAGUUGCAGAAUAAUCUUCAAGUCUCCUCUUGUGUCAAAGUCUUGGAUGAUAGUUGAUCGAAAAAGCCAACAAAAGACAGGAGAGUCAUGAGGAUGGAAACACAAGGCAAAGUUAUCACUUGCAAAGCGGCUGUGGCAUGGGGAGCUGGAGAAGCUCUAGUGAUGGAGGAUGUUAAAGUGGAUCUUCCUCAGAGACUUGAAGUUAGACUACGAAUCCUCUUCACUUCCAUCUGUCACACCGAUCUUAGUGCAUGGAAAGGCGAGAACGGGGCUCAGCAAGCAUAUCCUCGGAUCCUUGGUCAUGAGGCUGCAGGGAUAGUGGAGAGCGUAGGUGAAGGAGUGAAAGAUAUGAAGGCAGGGGAUCAUGUGCUCCCUAUUUUCACAGGAGAGUGUGGUGAUUGCAGAGUCUGCAAGCGAGAGGGAGCCAACCUAUGCGAGAGAUUCCGAGUGGAUCCAAUGAAGAAGGUGAUGGUAGGUGAUGGGAGGACUAGAUUCUUCACCAGCAAAGACAACAAGCCCAUCUACCAUUUUCUCAACACGUCCACCUUCUCCGAAUACACGGUCGUAGACUCGGCAUGUGUGGUCAAGGUGGACCCACGGUUUCCUCUAGAGAAGAUGAGCCUCCUCAGCUGCGGUGUCUCAACCGGAGUGGGUGCGGCCUGGAACGUGGCUGAUAUUCAGCCUGGCUCCACCGUCGCUGUCUUUGGGCUGGGGGCUGUUGGGCUUGCGGUGGCUGAGGGUGCAAGAGCAAGAGGGGCCUCUAAAAUCAUUGGGAUCGACGUUAACCCUGACAAGUUCCCAUUAGGGAGAGAAGCAGGGAUCAGUGAGUUCAUAAACCCAAAGCAGAGUGACAAGACAGUUCAUGAGAGGGUCAUGGAGAUAACAGGAGGAGGAGGAGUGGAGUACAGCUUCGAGUGUGCGGGAAGCAUUGAAGCACUUCGAGAGGCCUUUUUGUCUACAAACUCUGGAGUGGGAAUGACAGUGUUGCUUGGCGUUCACGCAAGCCCAAAGCUUCUGCCUAUCCAUCCCAUGGAGCUCUUCGAAGGCAGAUCCAUCACUGCCUCUGUUUUUGGAGGCUUCAAACCCAAAACCCAAUUGCCUCUUCUAUUCACCCAGUGCCUCCGAGGUAUGCUCAAUCUGGACCUCUUCAUCUCUCACCAGCUUCCUUUCAAAGAUAUUAAUGAAGCCAUGCAGCUCUUACAUCAAGGCAAGGCUCUCCGCUGUCUUCUCCGCCUCUGAUCAGUCUCUUUCGUAUUUGUUUUUACAAAUUGUUGUGAUGUUGAUUUUAUUUUAAUUUCCUAGUGUAUUAUUACGUUGUUGGGUCCACCUCCACUCCUGCACUUAAAUUGUCCUCUUGAAUGAUCACCGAUACUUCAUAAAUGCGGAGCCUACAACUCUUUUAAAAGGUCACGAAACUCCCAUGCAUGAUGUCUCUGUUUAAAUCUACCGGGUCGUUGAUGGUUGAUCACCACCAACCCUUAAUUAGCAUAUGGUAUAUGGAGAAUCUCUAUAAUAUUAUUCGAUA